AGACACUCGUCCUCUUAUUCGCCUGCCACGAGAGGGAAAGGAGCCGGUGCUGGAGAGGAGUGUUCUGUGCUGGUCAAAAACUAAGCGCCGCUCUAACUUAGUAAACUGUCAAGUUUUGAACGUCCGACAACAAGAUGUCUAAAGGACCAGCAGUUGGCAUUGAUCUGGGCACCACAUAUUCCUGUGUGGGCAUCUUCCAGCAUGGCAAAGUGGAGAUCAUUGCUAAUGACCAAGGAAACAGGACCACACCCAGCUAUGUGGCCUUCACAGACACUGAGAGACUGAUUGGAGAUGCCGCGAAGAACCAGGUGGCCAUGAACCCAACCAACACUGUAUUUGAUGCUAAGCGCCUGAUCGGUCGUAAGUUUGACGAUCCUGUAGUGCAGUCAGAUAUGAAGUACUGGCCCUUCAAGGUUGUGAAUGACGCAACCAAGCCCAAGAUGGAGGUUGAAUACAAGGGGGAGAUCAAGAGCUUCUUCCCCGAGGAGGUUUCCUCGAUGGUUCUCACCAAGAUGAAGGAGAUUUCUGAGGCUUAUCUCGGCAAGGUAAAUGACAAUAAGUGUAUUACCCUCUUCUCAAAUUGACCGAUUCUCCAGUGU